AUGCGGCUCCCCGGCGGCGCCCGUCUCGCGCUCCUCCUCGCCCGCCGCUCCCUCUCCACCGCCGCCGCCGCAUCCUCCUCCGCCGCCCGCUCCUCCUCCCUCCACGCCUCCCGCGCGCACAGAGCUAGAUGGGGCGACGCGGGCCGCGCGGCGCCCGCCUGGAGGCCGCCCUUCUCCUCGCCGAGCAGGUUCUUCCACGGGACCAGGCCCGUGGCGGUGAGGGACUACUACGACGUGCUCGGCGUGAGGAAGGACGCCGGCCAGGGCGAGAUCAAGAAGGCGUAUUACGCGCUUGCGAAGAAGCUCCAUCCAGAUACAAAUAAAGGCGAUGCCGAUGCAGAAAAAAAGUUUCAAGAGGUUCAGAAAGCUUAUGAGACUUUGAAGGAUGAAGAAAAAAAAGCGGUCUAUGAUCAGGUUGGCCCUGAUCAAUAUGAGAGGGCUGCUGCUGGAGGUGGCGGAGCUGGCGGAUUCGAAGGCGGUUUUGGAAAUCCUUUUGAGGAUAUUUUCAACGCUGGUCGUACUGGCGGAAUGAAUGAUUUCCUCCGGAACAUCUUCAAAGAUAGAGAAUCUGGUGGACAGGACAUUAAGGUUAAGCUUGAGUUGUCAUUUAUGGAAGCAGUUGAAGGAUGCAAAAAGACAAUCAACUUCCAGACUUUAGUAACAUGCGAAACCUGCAAUGGAGCUGGUGUACCUGCGGGAACCAAACCCGAAACUUGUCUAGCUUGCAGGGGUUCUGGAUAUAUGGUUCUGCAAACUGGUCCCUUCAGAAUGCAAUCAACAUGCACGCAGUGUGGUGGAUCUGGCAAGACUGUAAAGGAUUUCUGCAAGUCGUGCAGGGGGAAGAAGGUUGUGCCAGGAAUAAAAACAGUCUCUAUUGAUAUAGCGCCUGGUACGGAUGAUGAGGAUGUCAUGAAAGUGCUUAGAUCAGGUCAAGCAGAUCCAGACGGUCUUCGUGCUGGUGACCUUUAUGUAGCCAUUAAGGUUCGUGAGGAUCCAGUAUUCCGGAGAGAGAAAGGUGAUAUCCAUGUAGAUGCUGUCUUAAAUGUGACUCAGGCAAUUCUGGGAGGUACUGUUCAAGUGCCAACUCUCGCUGGAGAUGUUGUUCUAAAGGUUAAGCCUGGUACUCAACCUGGUCAGAAGGUUGUUCUGAGAGGAAAAGGAAUCAAGACGAGAAACUCAUAUUCCUAUGGAGACCAAUACGUCCAUUUCAAUGUCAAAAUCCCUGUGAAUUUGACACAGAAACAGCGCAUGCUUCUCGAGGAGUUCGAGAAGGAAGAGAAGGGUGAGGACGAUAAGGACGCGGAAAAGGCAGCUGGCGCAUCAGGAUAG